GCCCUCUAUACCAUCAAAAACCUCUUCCUCUUCUCUUCUCUCCCCUUCAAUAGUUUACAGGUCUUAUUAGGCUCUCUUGCUCUUUUUGCUCUUCUUGGUUUAAGGGCUGAGGCUCUGUUUGUUUGGUUUUCUAUUUUUAGCUCAAGGGCUCUGCUGCUGUUGGGUUGGUUUCAGGGAAUUCAGUCUGAUUUUUGGCUGCUGGUUUUUCUGUUACUCUUGUUGGGUUAGGUUCCUCUUUGGGGCUUCCAUUUCUGGGUAUUUUGUUUUCUGUUCAAGAAUUUUGGGUAGUUGGAUUCUGUACCAAAAACCCAUAUAUUAUGUUCAAUUAAUCCUUUGAAAUUGAAGCCAAAUUUAGUUUUGUCUUUGCUCUCAAAAAAUUGAUCUUGAUGCUGAACAUUUUGUUCUUAAUGUUUGAGAUUCAUGUCUCCAGUUCUCAGUGAAAUCCUCCGUUCAGGGUUUAUGGUCGAUUCCUCCCUCAGGCGCAGGACCCAUUUAGUUCAAUCUUUCUCUGUUGUCUUCCUCUACUGGUUUUAUGUGUUUUCAUAAAUCAGCUCCCAUCACUCCCUCAGAUAUAUCUAUAUAAUAUAAUAUAAUCACCAUAUAUAUAUAUAUAAAGUUUCUGUUAAUCUUAAUAGUUUGGUCCUCUGUGUCUCUGUUAUGGCUUCCUCUAGUGGGAAUUCCUCUGGUUCCACUCAGCUUCAGAACUCCGGUUCUGAAGGGGACUUGCAGCAUCUGAUGGAUCAGAGAAAAAGGAAAAGAAUGCAAUCAAACCGCGAAUCGGCGAGGCGGUCCCGGAUGCGAAAGCAGCAGCACUUGGAUGAUCUGAUGGGCCAAGUGACGCAGCUGAGGAAGGAAAACAACCAAAUCUUGACCAGCACAAACAUCACGACCCAGCACUUGAUGAAUGUUGAGGCUGAAAAUUCAGUCUUGAAGGCUCAGAUGGAAGAGCUCAGCCAAAGACUGGAGUCUCUGACUGAGAUCCUCAACUACAUCAACAGCAGCAAUGGGGUCUUUGAAACCCAUGAACCCAACAACACCCUUCUUCAUCAUCAUCAGGCCUCUGCUUCUGCUGAUCACAACAGUUUCAUCAACCCAUGGAAUUUGCUUUAUGUGAACCAACCCAUCAUGGCCACUGCAGACAUGCUCCAUCAAUACUAAUGAAUCAAUUAAACAAUUCAAUCAUCAUCAUCAUCAAAGUCUCUGAUUGGGGUGUUCCUUGUUGUCAUGUUCUUGGAUUGGUGGUGUUUGUGUCAUGGUCUUUCAAUGAGUGGAAGAGAGGAAAAGAACAGGGUGUUCUUUUUUUAUUUUUGUCUCUGUCAGUUUGUGAUGAUCAGAUAUAAUAUGUUAUUAGUUUUAUCAGGUGUAUUAGGUUUAGGUUGAAGGUGAAGAAAUAUGAUCACUAAAGGUGCCAAUUGAGUGGGACCCACAUGAUUUGUAUUGAGUACAGUGUGAAAGGGCUCAUAUAUGUAUAUUUUCUAUCUAUGUAGUUCAUUUUCAUCACUUUGCCACU